AUGGCUGGACCAAGCCUGGGUGUUUUUCUUGAUAUCGAGAGUUCCCCUCGCAUCGUCACUCCACUGCCUGCAGCGCAGAAGAAGCAGGGGAUUGCGCAGCCUAGGUCUGAUCUGGAACUGGAUGAGAUCCACCCAGCACGAAGUCUAGACCAAAUCGCCCGCGAACCAAGGACCCAAGACUCAAUACCCACACCAGGCUCAUUGGAAAGUCGGAUACCUACGCCGGUCGCUGAGAAUACAACUACUAUUGAAUGGGUUCCGGACCGAACAGUGACCCCUUGGAAAACCAGGUGGCGACUCUUGAGUGCAUGUCUGAUGCUUUUUGGAAAUGGCAUGAACGACGGCGCUCCCGGUGCUUUGAUUCCAUACAUGGAAAAGCAUUACCAGAUCAGCUAUUCCAUCGUUUCAAUGAUUUUCGUGGGCAAUGCACUGGGCUUCAUCUCCGCUGCCCCCGUAACGCAUACAAUCGAGCAAAAGCUCGGGCGCUCUAAGAGCUAUGCCUUCUCGAUGUUCCUCCUAGCCGUGUCCUAUAUCAUCAUCGCCUGGCAACCUCCAUUUCCAGCAGUGGUGGUUUGUUUCUUUCUGCUAGGAUUUGGCGUGGCUCUGAACCUAGCCCUCAAUAAUACGUAUAGCGCCAGCUUGGGUGAUGGUACCACGGCCCUAGGACUGACAUGUGGUGCAUAUGGUAUUGGAGGUACUGUAGCGCCCUUGUUUGCGACGGCCAUGGAAUCAAAUGGUAUUCGCUGGUCACUUUUCUAUACCAUCCCUCUGGCAGUCAGUUUGAUCAACAUUGGCUUUGCCCCAUGGGCAUUCUUAAACUUCGAGCAAGAUACCCCAGCCGAGCCACAACGACCACUUCACCCAGCCGUUGAGGGCUCGCGCGUGGAAGAACCUUUGACCCGCACUCAAAUCCUCAAAAAUACCAUACGAAACCGCACGACCCUCAUGGGGGCGCUGUUCACCUUUGCAUACCAAGGAGCUGAAGUAUCCAUCUCCGGCUGGAUGGUCUCCUUCCUCAUCAGCUACCGGGAUGGUGAUCCUUCCCGGGUCGGGUACGUCAGCUCCGGAUUUUGGGCCGGCAUCACCGUUGGGCGAUUUCUCCUGACCAAACCGGCUGCAAAGAUGGGCGAGAAGGUCACCGUGCUGAGUAUGGUCGCUGGGGCCGUCAUCUUUCAAGUGAUGACCUGGCUCAUUCCAAAUGUCAUCGGAGAAGCAGUUACGGUCGCCAUCCUGGGUGUUUUACUGGGUGCGGUUUCUCCAUGUUCCAUCUCAGUGUUCACGAAGCUGCUGCCUCGGAGUAUGCACAUCUCUAGUUUGAGUUUUGUAAGCGCAUUAGGCAGUAGUGGCGGUGCGGUGUGGCCAUUUCUAACAGGUAUCCUGUCUCAGCACGUGGGGACUAUGGUACUGCAUCCGAUUUGUCUCGGGCUGUAUGGUGUAAUGGCAGCUAGUUGGCUUCUGUUGCCGAAGAUCUCAAAGAGAUCCGACUAA